CUUCCUCCCCCCCCCCCCUCUCUCUCCUCCUCCCUCUCUCCCUUCCUCCGCCAGUCCCGCCCCCCUGGCCCAUCAGAUCCAAUUCCUUCCCCGACCCCCAUCCCGGAUCCGCCGCAAUUCCUUCGUGCGUCGAGCUCGAUUGCUCCCUGCCCGUGGAAUUUGCUCCUUUUCUCCGCAAGAAUCCCACCUUGGACGGCGACUUGGGUGGGGGGACUUGCCAAGGUUGGGGGGGCGUAGCGGGGUCAUGGGCGUGCUGCUGCCAUCUAGGCUGUUCGUGCGCCGGAUACUCAGGGUCGUCAGGCUCAAUCCACUGCAGCGCAGCGCCGCCAAGAGUCGCUGAGGUGAUUUCUCGUGAACGCAUUCAGCGCAGCAAGUUAACUAUUGGCUGCUCGUCCAGUUGAGCAGGUCGAGCUAUCCAUUUAGCUCGACACAGUGAGGAACUGAAGAUACGCAUUGUGAUUGCUUGUCUUCCGUGGCUCUCAAACAUCCUGCUGGUGUGCUGUGCUGUGAAGGUCACAUAAUCCACUUGGCUAUAUGCUGGGGUGGGUAAUGUGAAUCGGGGCUUGAUAAAUGCAGGCUUGUUAACUUGUUUUGCAACAAGAAUGGGGGCAAAAGUAGAAGGGGAAAGCUAUAUGCCUGGAUAUUAUGCCACGGGGGAUCUCAACGUGGAGGCGAAUGGCAGGUGGUCUCCAUACUAUGAGGAGAUGACAUCAAAUGGCCAGUUAUGCAAUGGCUUCACAACAAAACCAGCAAAUGGUUAUUCGGAAUUUGACAAAGAAAUACUCAAGCAUCAAAUGCUUGAACAUGAAGCUGUGUUUAGACAACAGCCUCACAACCCACUCGCUAUCCAGGUGUAUGAACUGCACCGAGUUUACAAAAUACAGAAGGAUAUGAUGAAUCAACAUCAAAGCAAAGAGGUAUAUUCAUACCCAACUUUGGCAGUUGCAUCACAUACAAAUUCACCGUCACAAGGGCCACCAAAUGGUGUAAAGAUGAUGUGGCAGAUGCCAGUUCCUCCUGUGUCCACAACAUACAGGAAAGCUGUUGGAGAGCAUAAUGAUACAAACCAGUCCUCCAUGAAGUUCCUUAGAGAAGGCAGCGUUCAGUCCUCUCCAAAUGGAUUUCUAUCAAGUGAUGCUGGUCCAAGAAGCAGACAAGGCACUUUUGACCUUCAACUUCCAGCUGAUCAUUAUAUAGAUGACGAUGACACGUCAGAUAACAAGCCCAUAGAUUUCCUUGGUUUGGCAUCGGAUACAAAACCCCGGAAUGAUGCUGAGCAUACAUUAGUUAGUGCUGAAGGCUUGGGCAAGUUCAGUGAUAAUAGUUCAUCCUCAGGUUUGCGGACUACAAAUAAUCUUGGAAGCCGGCAAGUUACCGACCUGAAUGAAUCAAAUACUGGCUUCUAUAUUGGUAGAGCAAAUGGAUCAGCUUCCAAAGGCCUUCCACAUACCCUCAAGAACUCGUGGCACCAACCAAUAAUGAGAUCAAACACAACUAAUUUCAGUUUCAGUAAAGAAUACUCCAAAGAAAAGCACACAGAUGAAGGUACAAGCUCAAAUUUCUUUGACACAAGUGCGAAAAUAACACACGAGGACAAACCAUCAAUCAAUAAAGGUAAACAAGUCAGCAGUAUAACCUUUUUAGCACCCAGAUAUAAUGAUGCUGAUUCUCCAAAAUACUUCAAAGCUGGUGAUGGGAGGCCUGCCAGUUAUAACCAAUUUCUUUACCAAGGUCAGAAUAGUUCAGUUGGAUGGAUUGCACGAAGUCCUCUGGAAGCUUCUGUUAUCAAUAAUUUUGCUAGAGUUGACCGUCCAUAUCAUCCGAAUAUGGGUACAUUUACUGCCCCCAUCUCUAUUCCUCAAAUAGACAAUCCUUCAAUUGUCUCGCCGAUGGGUUCUUGCACAGCAGAUCCAAGGAGUAGCAUUAUCAAUAAUCCUGCUUUAAUUCCAAGAUUCAAUGGAUCAUCAGCUGUGAAUUCGUACACCAGUCUUAGUGCUGUGACACAGAGCAUUGGAACUUCAAUGCCAAAGCUGAAAAAUGUGGAUAACUUAGAUAAACGCUAUCCUGGUUUUCCACUUGAUUCGUUUUCUGUGUCCCACUCACGACAUCAGGUGGCAAUUUCAAGUAACCUGGUGCAAAAGAACUCCCAGAAGUUGGAAGAUUCAGAUCAACAGUCCCAUGGCAAGGGUAUGAAGAACUUCAAUUUGAAUGAGACACUGUCAGAUUGUCAGGAAGAUGGUCUUGUAGAACAAGAUGGGAGAUGUGCUGCCAGUUUUCAGCAUGGUAAAGAUGGGGGGUCAGUAUUUGGGAUCUCUUGGCUCAAAAAUAAAGCUAUGUCUGCUGAUCCAACAACUCUGGAGAAGCCACAGAAGAUUUUUGGCCACUCAUUUGGAACUAAAAUGGAGCUGAAAAAUACCAAAGACCAGAACGAACCAGCCGUGACUAUUCGAAAUUUGUCAGAUUCUGCUUCGACAUCUCUUGGCUGUGGAAUUAAGAAGGAUGGGCCUUCAGAAGACAUUGUCACUGGAACUCUGCUAGUUUGUAAUAAAGCCCAAGCGGGUGCUACAUGUUUACCUCUUUCAUGCCAGAAACAUGUGCCUAAAGAUGGACAAGCUGCUGAAGGAGUCAUCAAGAAAAGUGGCGCCCUCAUCAGGAAUUUCAUUGAUCUCAAUGAUGACGUACCAAACGAUGACAAUUCUGAGGAAUCAGUAGUGUCACAUGAAUGCCAGGUGGAACCUUCACGGAACAACCAUCCUAAACGAACAUUUGUGAUUGAUUUAGAGGCGCCGGCUUGUGAAGAGGAUGCUGCAUGGGAUUUUGAUCAAGAAAGCGUACAGCCUAAACUCGAUGCAUACCAGGAAGCUGACAACAGAUCUGAUACAUCCGCUCUAGCUGCAGCUGAGAACAUCGUAGCGUUGGCAAGGAAUGUGCCAACAGCUGCAGAGGCAUCUGAUGAUAUGUUGCAGUGGUUUGCAGAUCUCGCUGUAUUAAACAUCAAUGACCUUGCUGAGCAAGUUGAACUCCAAGCUUGUACCAAUGAUUCCAGUAACGAUGAGUCAGAUUCAUUUGAAUCCUUGACACUGAAGCUGGAAGAGACCAAGAUUGAGGAGUACUGGAGCAGGCCACUGGAACUGGAAGUCACAACCGAUGAACAAACAGUUUCAACUGCUCAUCUUCUUACCAAGCCCAGAAGGGGCCAGCAAAGGAGACGACGGCAGAAGCGAGAUUUCCAGAAAGAUAUCUUGCCUGGCCUUUCGUCACUUUCCCGGCCUGAAAUCAUAGAGGAUGUACAAUUGCUCGAGGGGUUAGUCCAGGCUUCUGGUGGAUCCUGGGAGUCCAGUUUAACUAGGCGAGGACGCUAUGGUGGGCGGACUAGAGGUAGGAAACCUCGGAAAACUGUAGUGACUGUAAUCGUAGAAGAGGAGGAGGUUGAGGUUAGUCCACCGCCAAAACCUGUUGGCACUGGGGACUUAGAAGCUGAUGAUAGGGGUAUGAUUGGAUGGGGCAGAACAACAAGGCGGUGUCGCAGAACGAGAUGUCCGUCAGGUAACAACAUGGCUACUGCGUCUUGAGAGAGGGUAUUGCCAGCAAGCAUUGGGUUUGAUUAGGUACUGGGUGGUUCCCAAUUGUUAUAGAGACUCCGAUGGAUGGACUGGUAUAAGGUGAUCACAGUCAUGAGUGUACAUACUCUGUCGGCCUAUUGGCCUCACCCCAACUUUAUGCUUUUGGGUCGAAACAUGGUUUACGUUCUUAUAAUAAGUUCCGUAAAUUAGCUGGUAAAGACAUUUCUGUGACAGCAUUGUAUUAAGCUGUCCCAGGCUAUGAGGCCCGGUAUAAAUUCAUUGUGAGAAAAACUGCAAUGCCUGUAAACCACCUUGAUCUCUGAAGAAUAGCUACAUGUGCAACAUAGGGUGUGAAUGAGUCUCCGAGUCUGUAUUAUUUUUGUAGCUAUAUGCUCUGCCUAAUUGACCAGUAUUCAGCAUGCGAAAUGCUAAUUUAGUUGGCUAGUAUUCAGCAUGCGAAAUGCUAAUUUA